AUGGCUAUGAACAAGAUCCCAGGACACGAUAUCUACAUCGGAGGUAUUCUAGCAGUCAAAAACAAGGCGGCUUUGAGUAGAGCGAACAUUACACACAUAGUCUCGGUGCUGCGAUUAAAUCAACCUGAUGAGAUUUUUGCCAACUUCCAACAUCAUUGCAUCCAUGCAGACGAUGUUGGAGAUGAGAAUCUCUUGGAACAUUUUCCAUCUGCUAUCAAGUUCAUCCAGUCGGGAUUGGAUGCUGGAGGCAGUGUGCUCGUACAUUGUGCAAUGGGAAAAUCGCGCUCCGCCACCAUCUGCAUUGCCUAUCUGCUCCAUCAGCAGCCCAGUGCAUUGACCCCUCAGUCUGCGCUUGCUUUACUGAGGAAGGGCCGACCACUCUGCGAGCCAAACGAUGGGUUCAUGGAACAGCUAGCUCUCUACCACGAAAUGGGAUGUCCCGACGAUGUCACCGGUCAUCCACUCUACAAUCGUUGGCUGUAUCGCCGCGAAGUCGAAGACAGUGUGGCCUGUGGACGAGCACCUGAGAUGCAGUCGGUCUUGUUUGAGGAUGAACAGCCACACAGACCUCAAGAGACCAGUGACCGUCUGACUGAGAUCAAGUGUCGUAAAUGCCGGCGUACGCUGGCCACCACGCCAUUCAUCAUACCACAUGGUCCACGGCAGAAUAACAAGGCAACGGAAUGUGCUCACAUUUUUCUCCAUCCGCUGACGUGGAUGCGACCAUCUCUUUUUCCUAAUACCACUACAGACUCCGAAGCGACAGAAUACGGUUCCCGUCCUGAUGAUGCGCCACUAUCUGGCCGCUUGACGUGUCCGAAUACAGCUUGUGGAGCUAAUAUUGGCAAAUUUGCCUGGCAGGGUAUGCAGUGCAACUGCGGUGAAUGGGUUGUUCCUGCCAUCGGUCUUGCGAAAGCCAGAGUUGAUAUAUCUGAUCGGUUUAACAUGGCCCGUGGGCCGGGUGGUUUACCACCAGCGGCUUUCGGGAUCCGCAUGCCACCUGGCAUGAGAGCUCCAGAUGAUUCAGGGGCGGGCCGCGGCAAUCUUUGA